GAGAGGACGUAUGAUCUUUUGGCUCACUAAAUAUACUCAUUCUUGUUUUUCAUUCGAAAAUUGAUUAAUAUUGAUUCAUACGUUGAUCAUACGUUCGUUGAAUAUUAUCUUGUACGAUUCCCUAUCUCACAAAUAGAUUGUUAGUAGAAUAAUUAUUUUCUGCCUAAACAAUUUGGCGCCCACCGUGGGGCAUCGUGCAAGAGAAAGAUCAUCAAUCAUGGCCGAAAACAACCCCUUGUUAAAGGAGAUCCACACUCAAAUGGAGGCAGUUCGAGCAGAAUUUCGUCGAGAAUUGGCGGAAAGGAUGUCACAUCUCCAGCGAGAAAACGAUCUGCUCCGGUCCCAAGUUCAGUCAGCAGUUUCAAUCGCAUCCAACUCCAGGAGUAACCUGAGAAACGAUCUUAUGCCCGUAGUCACUAGACUUGAUUUGGAAUCUACUCCGGCGGUGACGGAUGCACCCAUUGUCACUUCCGAACCCAUCUCCCUCACGUUGGGCCUCUCACCCGCCGGGGAGUCACAACCCACCGUCAUCUCUCAAGUGAUACCGUACACACCGCUCGUCCCUGAAACGACCCCCAUCCCUAGCAUUCCGACGUGCUUCUUCCCGGAAUCAUUACGUCCC